AUGCCAGUAAUGGACGUCCUGGGUUUCAGCCUUGCGAACCCAGGCCUUCAGAAAGCUCCACAUCCUCAAACCCAGCCACACCCAUACGCAUCGUCCAUCGCCUCAUCAGCCUCCUCGUCCUCGUCUUCUGUCUUCUCUCUCGACCCGUCGCAGAGUUCCAUUUCCUCUUCAACGAGCUCUGUUGACGUGAUCUGGGAAAAUGAAGUCCUAGGCACUGCUGACUCACACUCACAGCAGACGGGAAGUAGAAGUUUGGGCUCGUCAAGUGAAUCGAACUUCCACUGUCUUCGUUCUGGCAGACGUUGUGGUUCCAAAGUCGCUGACGCCGCAGUUGCACCUGAAUUGCGGCAGAAUCCCCGACGUACUUAUAGCAAUGCUUCAUCUUCUUCUGUCUGCUCCCGGGCUCCUCCGUCCCUGGUCCGCCAGUGUGAUCGGAAAGUCAAUUUUGUCGACAAUCUUGUUGGUGAGUCUGGUGUAAUCCCGUCUUCAUCCUGUCUCAUGUUCGAUUUUCUAAUUUCAUCUUCGUGUCCUCUUUUAUGUUCUGCUCUUGAAGACUCGGCCUCUCAGAUUGUCGAAACCAUCUGGCCGCUGUCGGUCGUAGCACUACGCCAUGAUUCACCCUUGGGAUCAAGGGGGGUUUUGCCUCUCCGUACAUUCAUACAGGAAACGCUUCGACGGUCACGGACCAGCUAUUCGACUUUGCAAGUAGCUCUGUACUAUCUCAUCAUGAUUAAGCCUCAUGUACCUAAGCAUGACUUCACCAAGGAGCAAUCCAGGAACCAGCCCUGCACCCGUGCCAUGCAAUGCGGCAGACGCAUGUUUCUUUCAGCACUCAUUCUGGCUUCCAAGUACCUUCAAGACCGUAACUACUCGGCUCGUGCGUGGAGUAAGAUUUCAGGCUUAAACACCUUGGAGAUCAACCAGAAUGAGCUAUCUUUUCUUGAAGCUGUGGGGUGGAAACUCCACAUCUCCGAGUCCGUCUUUCAGCGUUGGACCGACAUAGUUCUGAAGUACACUCCCACAGCCGGGGGUGUUCCCAAGGGUGAAGCUCUAUCCUGGCGGACGAUUAUCCCCUUGUUGACACCCGAACUCGACACCAUCGACCUGGAAACCGACCGGUACCGGGGCAUAACUGACCAUGUCAUGACCGGUACCGGUUCUACACCACCUCCUAGUCUUAUGCCAAUUCCGGACAUCAAGCGCCGUCAGUACUCCUGCCGUGAGUAUUGGUGGAUUCCUCUCUCGGAAACCCUCCAUCUGCGCCCGCCAUGGCCCAAGCACAAAGCUUGUGCGCGCAGCGCAUCACCUUCGAUCCACGACCCAAUGUACUUAUAG